AGCUUGGAAUUAUGAUUUGGAUCCGAUCCAAACCGUUCCCUCAAGAAACGAAUGUCGAACUGUGUGGCCUGCCACUUCACCUGAAAAAAUUUGAAUUUCUGGGCACAAAUGCAAGUGCGACGACAUCACCAACGACAACAAGGGAUUUUCCUUCCGAGUGAGUUCGUGUUUUUUUGAACAAGGAAGAGCAGGUUUUUGAUUCAACGGGACAAAACCCAUUUAAAGAAAAGAUAAGCAAGAUUAUUGAACAAGUUGCCUAAAUUGUUCCUGUUUUGUUACACCUCCGCUUCCUCUUUUUUCUCUCUCGAGUCUGAGGAGGUUGGUCUUUCCGAAACAACCUCAGCCUACCUUCCUUACUCUUCAGCCUCGUAACUUACGCUUUCAGUAAUGGAAACCCGUGCACCUUCUCGAUUGGAUGAUUAGGCUUUCCGAGUGAAUUUUUCGAAACUGCGAGAAAAACGAACUGGCUACUUGUCUGCUAUUCUUGAUAGUUUUCUUCUACUGCGUUCGGUUUCCAAGUUAAUUCAGCGAAUUAGCAUUACAGGGGUCUUAUAUUUUGCUGCUAUUUGGCAUCUAGCUAGUGGAAUUGGAAGAGAAGUAGUGAUUGGUUUGCAUAUUAGAGUUCGAGAGGAAAUCUGGAAGGUUUGUUCGAAUUUGGGGGGUUUUGGUGGCUCUAACAAUGAUGUUAUCAGCAUCGCCAUCCUCGCUAGCGAGGAGUUCGCUAGAGGUAAUGCUUGAAUCGCUCCAGCAGAGAGAAGAAGAAGAGAAUAAGCCAAAGGACUUGCCACCGGCAUUGCCAGCUCGCCCGACCUCCAAAGCUCGGCUUCCCUCAGCGAGAAGGUCAUUGCCGAAUAACUUCAACUUUAAGGUUAACGGAGAUCCUGGUGAGACAGAAUACCUUCCGAACGGAUUUCAUGAUGCGAACGAAGAAACCAAGAGGAAAGAUACGGUUGAUUUGGGACACAAGAGAAACGGAAGCCUUGGGAGCAAGAAGUUGAAGAGGGAUGUGGAAUGUCCGUACGCCCUUGCAUCGGAAGAUAACGUUACUUAUUUCAACAAGAAGAACCUUCAUGUUUGGUGUAGGCAACCAGAUGGGCACUGGGGACUUGGAAAGAUACAGUCAACUUCAAAAGAAGAAACUUUAGUUUUACUCACAAAUGGAAAUGUUAUGAAAGUGGCCAGAUCAGAACUCCUACCAGCUAAUCCAGACAUUUUAAAAGGCGUUGACGAUCUCAUACAGCUGAGUUACCUGAAUGAGCCAUCUGUUCUUCACACUCUUCAGUUUAGAUAUUCUCAAGAAAUGAUUUAUAGUAAAGCAGGACCCAUUUUAAUAGCACUCAAUCCCUUCAAAGAUGUUCAGAUUUGUGGAAAUGAUUUUUCCACAACUUAUAGACAGAAAUGUUUGAAUGAUCCACAUGUUUAUUCUGUGGCAAAUGCAGCUUAUAAUGAGAUGAUGAGAGAUAAAGCAGAUCAGUCCAUCAUCAUAAGUGGUCAGAGUGGAUCUGGGAAAACAGAGACAGCAAAAAUUGCUAUGCAAUAUUUGGCUGCUCUGGGUGGUAGAAGCUGUGGUAUAGAAAAUAAAAUCCUUCAGACGCAUUUCAUUCUAGAAGCUUUUGGGAAUGCAAAAACAUCAAGGCACAACAAUUCUAGCAGAUUUGGGAAGUUAACUGAAAUUCAUUUCACUGCAGCAGGGAAAGUAUGUGGAGCUAAAAUUCAAACCUUCAUGUUACAAAAGUCGAGAGUUGUUCAGCUGACCAGUGGUGAGAGGUCAUAUCACAUCUUUUAUCAACUUUGUGCUGGAUCUUUACCUGGCCUUAAAGAGAGGCUGAACCUUAGAGGGGCCAGCGAAUAUAAAUAUCUUAAUCAGAGUGACUGUAUGACAAUAGAUGGGGUUGAUGAUGCUAAAAUGUUAAAUAAACUGCUGAAAGCAUUGGAUGUUGUUCAAAUUUGCAAAGAGGAUCAAGAGCUAGUAUUUAAAAUCCUUGCUGCAAUAUUAUGGCUUGGAAAUGUAUCAUUUCAAAUAUCUGACAAUGAAAAUCAUGUUGUAGUGGUGGAUGAUGAAGCUGUCACCAGCGCAGCCAUGCUGAUGGGUUGCAGUUCCCAAGACUUGAUGGUAACUUUAUCUACUUGUAAGGUCCAAGCUGGCAAGGAUACUAAUGCUAAAAGCUUGACAUUGAAGAAGGCAAUUGAAACAAGAGAUGCAUUGGCACAAUUCAUGUAUGCAAGCUUGUUUGGGUGGCUCAUAGAACAAAUUAACAAGUCACUAGGAGCUGGCAAACGGCAUACUGGGAGAUCCAUAAAUAUUCUUGAUAUUUGUGGGUUUGAAUCACUCAAGAAAAACAGCUUUGAACAAUUUUGUGUAAAUUAUGCUAGCGAGAGGCUUCAACAACAUUUCAUUUGGCAUAUGUUUAAACUUGAGCAGGAGAGCUACGAAAUGGAUGGUGUUCAUUGGACUAAAGUAGAUUUUGAGGACAAUCAAGAGUGCUUGGAUCUAUUUGAGAAGAAGCCAUCAGGGAUACUUUGUUUGUUGGAUGAGGAAUCAAAUUUGCCCAAGGCUACAGAUCUCACUUUUGCCAGCAAACUUAAACAGCACCUGAAUGCUAAUCCUUGCUUUAAAGGGGAAAGAGGGAGAGCUUUUGGUGUUCGUCACUUUGCAGGAGAGGUUUUGUAUGAUACAAACGGCUUUCUACAGCAGAACAAAGAUCUGCUGCCUUCUGAUUACAUGCAAUUCCUGGCGUCAUUUAGUUGUCAGCUGCUGCAGUUGUUCUCGAAAAUGCUUAGUCAAACACAGGAACAGUUGAAUUCCUUCCAACUAGGUGCGCUAGACUCGCAGAAGCAGAGUGUUGGUGCAAAGCUGAAGGGCCAGUUGCUUGAAUUAAUGCACCAAUUGGAGAAUACCGCACCUCAUUAUAUUCACUGCAUAAGGCCAAAUGCUAAGCAGCUUCCUGGCAUAUUUGAUGAAGAUCUUGUCAUGCAACAGCUCCGUUGCUGUGGCGUCUUGGAGGUUGUUAGAAUUUCAAGGAUUGGAUAUCCUAUCCAAAUGACGCAUCAAGAGUUUGCUGACAGGUAUGGGUUUCUGCUUUUGGAGCCCUGUGCAUUUCAGGAUCCACUAAGCAUCUCAGUUGCUAUACUUAAACAGUUUAAUAUCCCUCCCGAAAUGUAUCAGUUUGGCUACACCAAAGUGCAUUUGCGAAAAGGGCAGAUUGGUGCAUUGGAGGAUAGAAGAAAACAGAUUAUGCAGGGAAUACUUCAGAUUCAAAAAUGGUUCCGUGGUCAUCAAGCCCGUAGACAUGUCCAUGAACUUAAGAAUGGAGUGACGGCAUUGCAGUCAUUUGCUCGUGGAGAAAUUUUGAGGAGUAAAUAUGGUAUAGUUGACAGGUCUUCUAUAACUAUUGAUUGUAAAAAUUUUGAGGAGAUUGAGGCAAUCAUACUGCUACAAGCAGUAAUUCGUGGUUGGCUGGCUAGGAGGAGGAAUGCUAAUGGUUUGCGUAAGGUGAAGAAACACCCUAGUGAUGAAAAACUUCAGCGAUAUUCUCGUGGGAAGAUGUUUGAUAUGAAGGAAGCGUCCAGAGAACAGGUUCAGAAUUUGCCUUUGGCUUUGGAAGAACUCCGAAGGCGGGUACUCAAGGCUGAGGCAACCCUUGAGCAUAAGGAAGAGGAAAAUACUGCAUUGAGGGAACAGCUGAAACAAAAUGAAACAAAAUGGAUUGAAUAUGAGGCGAAGAUGAAAUCAAUGGAGGAGACGUGGCAAAAACAGAUGGCAUCUUUGCAAGUGAGUCUCGCUGCAGCCAGAAAGAGCCUAGCCUCUGAUAACAACAUUGGUUAUCCUGGAAGACAAGAAGCUACAUCACCUCGUUACCAUGAUUUUGAAGAUUUUGCUUCCACAAUAUCUCGAACACCAGGUGGGAGCACACCUAUCAAGUUUUCCAGCUCUCUCUCCCUCUCUGAUACCGGAGUGGCAGGAAGAGAAGUUAACGGUACGUUGUCUGCAGUCAGCAACCUGAUGAGAGAAUUCGAACAGAGACGACAGACUUUUGAUUGCGAUGCCAGGGCUCUGCUUGAGGCUAAGUCUGGGCAGUCUGCUAUCAUGAAUCCGGAUGAAGAACUUAGGAAACUUAGACACAAGUUUGAGGGAUGGAAGAAAGAAUACAAGUUUAGAUUACGGGAGACAAAAGCAAGGCUUCAUAAAGUAGGGAAUACAGAAGGGGACAAGAGCCGUCGGAGAUGGUGGGGGAAGUUAAGCUCAAGAGCCUCAUAGUAAUCAAUGUUCAAACAUUCACCUUGCUCGAAAAGCUCAAAGAUAACUUGGUAAGAAAAAGGCAAAUGGAAUGUUUGUCACUAAUGUUUAUGAAUUGUCUGCAUCACUGUUGGAAACGUGUUUCUUCUGUAUCUACCAAUUUUGUUACUAUUUACUACCUAGUGGAACCUGGAAGUAUUGAUAGGUUGUGCAUAGUUAUAGACUUUGGCAGGACUGCAUAGGAUUGUUCGACAGUCUAGUUAGCUCAUGUUGUCAUGUAUAUUCUGUUGUCACUGAUUUCAGUUCUGAAGAUAUUAAUAAGAAGCGUUGAUAUCUUCCUUCCAA